GCUCCGGCAAGGCGCUAGCUCAGAGUUCGGGUUGUAUUCUUGCUUCAACAGUGUUUGAACGGAAUAGAACCCAAGUUUCCUCCUCGCUAAUUCCACUUUUUUCAGGAAAUUUUUUUUAACACUUUUCCCCCCCGCCUUUGGACAACCACAGCAAGAUCAGAGAAUGGCUUCCCAGGUCCGCCAGAAUUACCACCAGGAUUGCGAAGCGGCUAUCAACCGCCAGAUUAACAUGGAGCUCUACGCUUCCUAUGUCUACAUGUCAAUGUAUGCCUUCUUUGACCGGGAUGAUGUUGCCCUGAAACACGUCGCGAAAUUUUUCCAGCAUCAGUCCCAUGAGGAGCGGGAACAUGCAGAGAAGCUAAUGAAGUUUCAAAACCAACGAGGGGGCCGUGUGAUUCUCCAGGAUGUUGCGAAACCUGAUCGUGACGAAUGGGGCAAUACCCUGGAAGCAAUGAGGUGUGCCCUUCACCUGGAGAAAACAGUGAACCAGUCUCUGCUAGAACUGCACAAACUGGCCUCUGACAAGGCUGACCCUCAUAUGUGUGACUUCCUGGAAACUCACUACUUGGAUGAACAAGUCCAGGCUAUCAAGAAGCUUGGGGAUUUCAUCACCAACCUGGUCCGCAUGGGAGCUCCCCAGAAUGGCAUGGCAGAGUACCUGUUUGACAAGCAUACCCUAGGAGAAAGCAGCUAAAGAUCUAAGUUUAAAACCACUGUGCCUCAAAUUCUAUCCAUGUGCUUGGCUUUCUACAAGUGAAUGUUUGUCUACUCUUUUGAAUGGAGUAAGGUUUUUGGUACCUUUUUUGUGGGUUAUUAACUUUGAACUCCCUUGUUUUAUAAAUUAAAUGGCAAGGUGAAGAGACAGAUGCUAGGUAAGGGAAUAAACUUGUAAUGAAACAUUCUAUCAAGUGAACAAAUUGUGAAACUGUAUAUGGCACAGUUGCUGAUCACUUAAGUAAAGGUUGUGAAGUGUUAA